AAAAAAAAUAGAAUUCGCCAUCACACACACAGUUGGAUCAUUGCAAAAUAUCUAGGGUACAUCAGACCUCACCCUUAACUAUAUAUUUAGUAACGUCCACACUACUUCAGCCUACUUUUGUAAAACCCUAAUUCUCCUCUAGGGUUUUCCAACUUUCUCUUCAGAGCCUUUCUUCUUUUCUCAAUAACUUCAACAUGCCUAAAUCAUCCAAGAAGUCUGCCUCUAAGGUUGAUUCAGCUCCUGCAGUUGUAGCAUCGGCUACUAAAUCAUCGAAAAAAGGCAAGAGAGAUGCAGAGGAGAUUAUUGAGAAGGAAAUCGUGAGUAGCAAGAAGCAGAAAGUGGUCAACGGUGGUGUGGCUCAGGCUGUUGAGAAGAAGAAAGUUGAGACGAAGACUCAAAAGAAGGUUGUGAAGAAACAAGAAAGCAGUUCAUCUGAAGAUAGUAGCUCAUCGGAAUCUGAGAAAGAAGCAAAGAAGGUUAAGGUAGCUCCUAAGAAAGUUGAAACAAAGGCCCCAAAGAAGGUUGUCAAGAAACAGGAAAGUAGUUCUGAAGAAGACAGUAGUUCCUCAGAAUCUGAGAAAGAACAAAAGAAGGCCCCAAAGAAGAUUGUCAAGAAACAGGACAGCAGUUCAUCUGAUGAAAGUUCAGAUUCUGAGGAUGAAAAGAAGGUUGUUCCCAAGAAAGCUGCCCCUGUUAAAAAGCCAGUCAAGGAGUCAAGCAGCAGUGAUGAUGAUUCUUCUGAUGAAGAUGAACCAAAGAAGCCAGCCGUCGCGCCCAAGAAUGGCGCUGUUGCAGCUAAAAAGAAAGAAGAAUCAAGUGAUGAGUCUGACUCAGAUGACAGUGACAGUUCCGAUGAAUUAAACCAUCCUGUGCAGGAGGACGCCAAGCCUGCAAAGAAGUCAGCACCUGCUGCUGCCAAAAAUACCGCCGCAAAGAAAGCAGAGAGUUCUGAUGACAGUAGCGCUGAAGAAGAAAGUGAUUCCGAUGAAGACGUUAAAGCUGCCCCACCAAAGAAACCUGUAGCAGCUGCUGCAACUAAGAAGGCAGAGUCAAGCUCGGAUGAAAGUUCAUCUGAUGAUGAAGAGCCUCCAAAGAAGAAGACGAAGCCAUCUGAGACAAAGCCAGUUGCAAAACCAGCUGCUAAAAAAGAGGAAAGCAGUGAUUCUGAAUCCGAAGAGAGUUCUGAUGACGAGCCAUCAAAGCCACAAGCUGUAAAAAAGCCAGCUGCUAAAGCCAAAGAGGGCAGUGAUUCUGAAGAAAGCUCUGAUGAAGAGCCAGCAAAACCACAAGCUGCAAAAAAGGCUGAAAAGAAGGCUAGCAGCAGUUCUGAAGAAGAAUCCGAUGAAGAAGAUGAAAGCUCUGAAGAGGAGGAUGAACCCAAAACUGCAAAGAAAAAGGAUACCGAUGUGGAGAUGGUUGAUGCUCCAUCAGCAAAGAAAGCGCCUCAAACCCCGGCUACUCCUCAAACUUCAGGAACCAAAACUUUGUUUAUGGGCAACUUAUCCUUCUCUAUUGAAGAAAGCGACGUUCAUAAUUUCUUCAAAGACGCGGGUGAAGUUGUUGAGGUUCGUUUUGCAGUCAAAGAAGAUCGAUUUGCAGGCUACGGGCAUGUUGAAUUUGCCACCCCCGAGGCUGCCCAAAAGGCUCUUGAACUUAACGGUGAACCAUUACUUGACCGCCCGGUCAGACUUGAUUUAGCUAAGGAAAGAGGUGCAUACACUCCUGGUACCGGCAACGAGAGGUCUUACCAAAAGAGCGCGCAGACUCCUGGACUAACUGCGUAUGUAAGGGGAUUCGGUCGUGACGAAAGCUUGGAUGAUGUUAAGUAUACUCUUGGGGAAGUCUUUGCCCAAUGCGGAGAGGUCUCAAGGAUUUUUAUUCCUAAAGAUUUCGAGUCUGGCAGUCUUAAAGGGUUUGCUUACGUAGAUUUUGCUGACCGUGACGCGUUGAAUAAAGCUAUUGAUCUCAGUGGAACUGAUAUUAAUGGAGGUCAACUAAGUGUUGAGGAAGCAAGACCAAAAGGCGGUGAUGGCGGAGGUUCUGGACGUGGUGGAGGUCGUGGCGGGUUUGAUGGUGGUAGGAGCGGUGGAAGAGGUAGGUUUGGUGGCAGAGAUGGUGGACGUGGUGGCAGGUUUGGUGGUGGUGGUCGUGGUGGCAGAGAUGGUGGUCGUGGAGGACGUGGUGGUGGCAGAGGACGUGGCCCUAGCAGGCCUAGCAUGGCAACACCCGGUACAGGAAAGAAGACAACUUUUGGUGACGAUUAAUCUUGAGAGUUGGUGUUUCGGCGCUGAUGCUUGUUUGGCUAAAUUUAUGUUUUUGUUAUUUUAUUUUCGUAUGGAAGAUUAUAUGAGAGAUUUUUGGCUAUGUAGUUUCUAGAUUAUUUAUUUCGAAGCCGGUGUUAUGUAAUAUUUUUGCCAACUUAGAGAUGUUCUAUUCUAAAUUUAAAUUAUAAUACAUGUCUUGAUGAAAAAAAUACUGUUCC